AUGUCCUGCACGGCCCAUGUGCAGAGGCGCCACGAGGAGAACGGCUGCCUGAUGAUCUGCGACGAGAAGUUCGCCAAGAAAGCGUGGAUUGCGCUGGGGCAGCGCGUCGAUCUCGCUCCCGUCGACUACACCUUCGACAUCGAGGUGCAGGCCAUGAGCGGCGAGAAGCUGCCCUUCAUCGUGCGCGCCGUCGUCUUCACCGUCGCCCCCCGCACCGACGACGACGACGACAAGGGCCUCCGCUACGACGACAACCUCUCCCAGCACUUCAACGACGUCGUCAGGGGCGUCAUCGAGCGCGAGACCCGCGCACUGGUGGCGUCCAUGACCAUGGAGGAGAUCUUACGGGCCACCACCAGCUCGUCCAUAAACCACCAGGCCGUCUUCAAGUUCGAGAACAUCGAAGAGGAGGUGAAGAGCAGCGCUGAGGGAGGGAGCAAUCAGGAGGGGCGACCAAGCAAGAUGGGUCAAAUCAUGGGGUGGGCCUGCCAAUCGCUGAAGCCGCAAAUCCUUCAGGUCGUGUAUGGCAAUGAUGAUACCACAUAUGGCCAGCUCAAACAACAAAUAAAAUUGUUGUCCAGUUAUUCUCUGAAGGCGCUCUGGUUCGCCAUGCCCAUGUUCUACACGUCCCUGACCCAUCACUAUUCUACAUCAACAACAUUCAGCGUCGAAGACACACUGUUCCUGGUUGCUAUCAUCGUGGAUGCAACGCUCAUCCUGUUGCUGUCAAAAUGGGGCAACGCCUUGGUCUGCAUAUCAUGGCUCCUCCUAGAGCUGGCGACCUGCCUUCUGAUUCUCUCGUUCAACAAACACUACGCCUUCGUCAUCCUCGCCGUGCUACUCCUGGCCGUCGUCGUCGCCCUCCUCCAGCCAAAGGUGCAGCACGUGUCCGAUAGGCACGUGUUGCCAUUCUUCACACAGGACAUGAUCGGAGACAAUGAGGAGAGUCCACACCUGGGCCAUCUGCUGGAGAUGUCGCAGGGCAUCGCCAGUUUUGGCGGCCUCUUCACGGCGAUCGCCGGACGCUUCAUGGUGGGGCCUGUCAACGCUGCUGGUUUCUUCUUCUUCUGUGCGAUAGUUCUCGGGCUCUAUCUAUCCAUGGUGGUGACGGUGGGAGCUGUGACUCGACCCCACGCCAAGUGUCUGGCCAUUGUCGUCAUGUUCCUCGUCGUGCUCACGUUUAUCGCCACCUCCAUCCCACUUGUUGGGCACUCGGGAAGCACGCCAUAG